AUGCGGCGGAAGACCCCGGCCCUCGGCUGGGCGGGUGCUGCCAUCCUGGUGCUACAGACGUUGGCCGCGGCAGAGGGCCCCCCACGGACCCCCGGCAACAAGGGCAGGGUGUUUGCGGACCUGAGCGCCCAAGAGCUGAAGGCCGCGCACAGCUUCCUUUGGUCCCAGAAGGAGCUGAGGCUGCAGCCAUCCGGCACAUUGACCAUGGCCAAGAACUCCGUGUUCCUCAUUGAGAUGUCGCUGCCCAAGAAGCAACACGUGCUGAAAUUUCUGGAUAAAGGCCACCGGGCUCCCGUUCGGGAAGCACGCGCUGUCAUCUUCUUCGGAGCCCAGGAGCACCCCAACAUCACUGAGUUUGUUGUGGGACCACUGCCCAGGCCCCAUUACAUGCGACACCUGCCCCCCAAGCCCCGGCACCAGGCCUCCUGGGCCUCCAGGCCCGUCUCCAAGGCAGAGUAUACCCUCCUGAGCCACACCCUGGAGGAGGCCAGCAAGCCCCUGCACCAGUUUUUCCGUCGCACCACGGGCUUCACGUUCGGAAACUGCCAGGAGCGGUGCCUGACGUUCACAGAUGUGGCGCCCCGUGGCUUGGCCUCCGGCCAGCGCCGCUCUUGGUUCAUCUUGCAGCGCCAUAUGAAAGGCUACUUCUUGCACCCCACUGGGCUGGAGCUCCUGGUGGAUCAUGCAAGCACGAACCACCAAGACUGGACGGUGGAGCAGGUCUGGUACAACGGGAAGUUCUACCGCAGCCCCGCAGAGCUGGCUCAGAAGUAUGACGACGGAGAGGUGGAUGCGGUAGUCCUGGAAGACCCGCUCGCCAAGGGCAAGGAUGGAGAGAGCCUACCAGAGGCAGCCCUCUUCUCCUUCUACCAGCCACGUGGCGACUUCGCCAUCACCAUGAACGGCCCCCGCCUGGUGCAGCCCGAGGGCCCCCGCUACAGACUGGAGGGCAACGCCGUGCUCUACGGGGGCUGGAGCUUCGCCUUCCGGCUGCGCUCGUCCUCGGGGCUGCAGGUCCUGGACGUGCACUUCGGAGGUGAGCGUAUAGCCUACGAGGUGAGCGUGCAGGAGGCCGUGGCGCUGUACGGAGGACACACACCCGCGGGCAUGCAGACCAAGUACAUGGACGUCGGCUGGGGCUUGGGCAGCUUCACUCAUGAGCUGGCCCCCGGCGUCGACUGCCCGGAGACGGCCACCUUCCUGGACGCCCUCCACUACUACGACACCGACGGUCCUGUCCUCUACCCCCGAGCCCUCUGUCUCUUUGAGAUGCCUACGGGCGUGCCCAUCCGGCGGCACUUUAACGCCAACUUCAGCGACGGCUUCAACUUCUACGCGGGCCUCAAGGGCCAGGCGCUGGUGCUGAGGACCACUUCGACGGUCUACAAUUACGACUAUAUCUGGGACUUCAUCUUCUACCCCAAUGGGGUGAUGGAGGCCAAGAUGCACGCCACCGGCUAUGUCCACGCCACCUUCUACACCCCCGAGGGGCUGCGCCGUGGGACCCGCCUGCACACACACCUGAUUGGCAACGUGCACACCCACCUAGUGCAUUACCGCGUUGACCUGGACGUGGCAGGCACCAAGAAUAGCUUCCAGAGCCUGCAGAUGAAGCUAGAAAACAUCACCAACCCCUGGAGCCCGAGACACCGCCUGGUCCAGCCGACUCUCCAGGAGGUGAGGUACUCCCGGGAGCGCCAGGCGGCCUUCCGCUUCCGACAGACUCUGCCCAAGUACCUGCUCUUUACCAGCCCCGAGGAGAACCCCUGGGGCCACAAACGCAGCUACCGACUGCAGAUCCACUCCAUGGCCGACCAAGUGCUGCCCCCGGGCUGGCAGGAGGAGAGGGCCGUCACCUGGGCCAGGUAUCCCCUGGCAGUGACAAAGUACCGGGAGUCUGAGCUAUGUAGCAGCAGUAUCUACAACCAGAACGACCCCUGGGACCCACCUGUGGUCUUUGAGGAGUUUCUUCACAACAAUGAGAACAUAGAAGAUGAGGACCUGGUGGCCUGGGUCACAGUGGGUUUCCUGCACAUUCCCCACUCCGAGGACGUCCCCAACACGGCCACGCCCGGGAACUCCGUGGGCUUCCUGCUCCGGCCCUUCAACUUCUUCCCAGAGGACCCGUCCCUGGCGUCCAGAGACCUCGUGGUCGUGUGGCCUCUGGAAAACGGCUCCACCUAUGUCCAGCGCUGGAUCCCUGAGGAGGACGGGGGCUGCUUGAUGCCUCCCCCUUUUAGCUACAAUGGAACCUACAGGCCUGUGUGA